GGGUUUGAUUUGAUCAUUUGGCUCAAGUCAAUUUUCUACAAUGUGGUGUCCAUUAACUUGAGGAAUUGUGAAGAGUUUUGUGAACAUUCGACAUAAAUACUUAUGAGAAAAGUUUGCUAAGAAAUGAUGGAUAAUUUAGGUUUCUUUCAGGGACUGGCACAAAAUGGAUAUGAUAACUUUGCUAUUCAAAGAUUGCAAGCGGAACUGACUGAAAUCAAACAGAAAGGAAAGAAGCUAGGAUUUACUAUUGGUUUUCACCCUAUAUUCAAGCACAAGAUGUGUUGUUUGGAAGGCGUGGUUAUCAUCGUCUACAAAGAAAGGCCGUACAAUAUUCCAGUUUCUAUAUGGAUUCCUGCAGGGUAUCCUCGGUAUCCACCUCAAGUACACGUUGUUCCAACAAGUUCUAUGAUACUAAAGCAAGGUCAUAAAUACAUGGACCCACAGGGCGUUGUACAUCAUGAAGUCUUGAAUCGAUGGAAUCCUCAGAUGUAUGGACUUUCAACAAUAAUUCAAGUUUUGGAAGUUAUCUUUAGUCAGGAACCUCCAGUUUUUGCAAAGCGUGCUGAACAGAUGCCUAAAGUUAGUCCAAUCAAUCAAAGCGUUAGCCAUAUCAAAAGUGACGUGGGAGAUGAUAAUGAACAAAAUUUCCAAGUUGCUGCUUCUCGUAGUCAAAAGAAAUCAUCAUUGAAGAGUAUGGUUAGAAGUAAAUACGCAGGCCCCGUCGCGAGUAAUAUACCUGCUCAAUUGGCAGCUCCGAAUCUUCAUGCUUCGUAUCAACACUAUCCAACUUCCCCUUGGAACACAAAUUCGAUGACGCUGACUCCUGAAGAAUUGAAGAGAAGAGAAUUGGUAGAAAAAGCCAGCGAAAGGAUAAGAGUCUUUUUGGCAACUUAUGUACAGCAGUCCAGAACAGAAAUUGCACAUCUUUUGGAGCAAAGAAAUCAAUGCCUUGCUGCCAGUGAGUCCAUCGAUGCAGAAAUGACUUCGGCCACACAGGAACAAGAGGAGACAGAAAUGGAAUAUGAACAAGUCCAAACAGUCUAUGAUGACUUGAGCCAAUGGCUUGAAAAGGAGAAGCCGAGACUAACUGAAAUGAAUUUGGAUUCCUUUGUCAUUUUUCCAACUAAGAUUCUGAAUAAGAUUGAAAAAAUGCGAGCAAUGAAUGCUGCUUAUCAAGAUGCCUUAUGUUUAUUAGAUGAAGCUCUACAAGAAGAAGUCAUCUCUCUUGAGCAGUUCCUAAAAGAAGUAAGAAAGAUAUCUAAAGAACAGUAUCAGUUGCGUUCCGUAUUAAAAGAGCUUACUUCCAAUACGAAAUAAAGAAGAGAUGAACAGUUUAGUCUCUUUUUUU